GACGAGAAUCUGUCCAUGCCAACCAAUGGAAAGGCAAGUGAGACGACGUCACAACCCGACGAGAGCCGAGAGGGGGGGGUACUUCAGGGGGAACUCGCCGCUCGCCUCCCUCCGCCUCCGUACAACAGUCUUACGGCAACUCACAGUUGGAAGAGGACUAACAUGUCUCCGGAAGUGAAUAAGGAACCUGUGGCGUCAAAGGUCCCUUCAGACAACGAAACGGACGAAGGAUUCCACUCCCCCUCCACCAGCAGAUCAGAAUUGAGGUGUAGUAAAGAGGAGGAGGGCACGACCAACCGAGCAGAGUCACAAAACUCUACCAAAAAGACUCAGGAAAAACCAGACAAUGACGUUAUCAGGGCGCGCCGCCUUGCCGAGUUCACCGUGCUGACCGUGACGGGGCGGAGCAAGAGCCCUCCCCAGGAUUCCGUGGAGGAAACUUUGAUCCGUUGUGUGAGGAACAUGAUGCAGAAACAUGAAAUUUUGUUGCGAGGUAUGAUGCGACGGCUGGAUGUGCGGCCCGAGACAGGCUACCAGGCCUUUGUCGGGGUGGCCAAUGAGCUCUUUGAGGGCCAGAAAAGAGCCGUCACGUGGGGCAGAGUAGUGGCUUUGUAUGCCUUUGGUGCCCAGCUGGCCUUACACUGCACUGAAAAGAAGGAGGAGGAAUUCUGUACCAGAAUUGUGGAAUUUUUGGGCCAGUACGCCAGUGAGGUGCUGGUCCCCUUUGUCAAGCAGGAGGGAGGAUGGAGCAAAAUCUGUGAAGAGUUCCCAGCAGAAGUGGACCUGGAAAGUAAGGCCUGGAAGGUGCUCACCUGGACUGCUAUUGGGCUUGGACUGGCUGCCACAGCAUCCUUCUUUACAAGUCAUUGAGCUGUGUGUCUCCCUGUGAGCUCUUCCAUACUCCACCAGGCUGAGGUAGAAGCCCUUUGCAAGACCCUUGGGAAGAGCAUCCCGAUGAUCAACCAACAGUGUUCUCAAAACUUGUCAUAAUCAUUAUCAUCAUAAUCAUUAUCAUUGAUGUCUUGCUUCUAUCUCAGAAGUUGUGGAGGGCAUAUGUAUGACAGGAAUGUCACACACACAUUGUCCUGCCCAUAUGUUAAGACAUUACUCCAUAUCACUCUUCACUGUAUCUCCAAAAUAUACUUGUCUAUGCACUGUUCCACACUUGAUUCAUACUGCAGAAUACCUACCGUACCCCUCCUCAACACACACACACACACACACACACACACACACACACACACACACACACACACACACACACACACACACACACA